AGUUCGAAUAAUGUCGGCAAGAUUUCGAUGGCUGCUUUGUCAUGAACGGGAUUCGAUGUGAUUCGAUAAGUGAAAUAUUGGAAUAUGAUAGGAAUAUUUAUGAAUGCAGAGUGAUAUUUAUUUCGGAGGAAUGUAGGCGGAGAAAUCGCAAUGCUUCGAGUAUUAGGAUUGUAGAAUGUACAGAACAGCAUGCGCGGAAUGUUUGAUCGAUUCAGUUCCGGUGCAAAGCUUUUUGCUAGCAGGAUUGUUCGCAUUUAUGUCGGGCAUGGGAGUUUACGAUGACGAACGUGAUUCAGUGGAAGAACGAUUCAUAUGGCUGCUCAGAUUCGCGAAAUUCAGGAAGAUUAAAGACUUCCUGUCGAAAAACCGAACGAUCGAUUUGCGUUACCCUACGGAAAAUUUGAGUACGCCGCUGACUGCGGCUAUCGAUCGCGACGAUCCCCAAAUUUUAUCUCUGUUAUUGGAGAAAAAUUCCGCGGACCUGGAUGAAACGAUCACGCAACCUUAUGGGAGGACCGCUUUGAUGUACGCUUCUUACGUUUCGAGAGAUCCGGAGAUGUUGCAGGUGCUUUUGAAAAAGGGCGCUGAUCUUCAAAAAACUGAUAUUAGAGGCUGGACUUGUCUUCAAUACGCAAUCGUCGGAGAACGUUCGAAAAACUUGUCGUUUCUUUUGGAUGCUGGUGCAUCCUUAAAUCAGCAGGAUUUGCAAGGAAGAACGCCUCUUAUGGUGUCUGUGUAUCUAUCGAAUUUGGAUAUACUGACAUAUUUGUUGGACCGCGGUGCUGAAGUAGAUACGAAGGACAAUGCAGGUCUCACGGCUCUUCAGCUAGCCAUUUUAUCAAGGAAAAGGGACACGGCAGUCGUUUUGAUGGAAAGGGGUAGCGAUAAAUCUGUCGUCACUCCCAAAACCAAAGCUUCGAUCCCGGAACUCUGUAGAACCAGUAUGCCUAGAAUUCUUCGUAGCGUCGAGCUGGAAUCGAAGACUUUACAAUGGAAUUAUUAAACAAUUACUGUGGUACGAAAGAUUAUUCUUUCAUUUAAAAGAAGAGAUUCUGCGAUGACAGUUGUUCCGUCGUUUGUUGAUCAAACUCUUCGAUCACACUCUCAGCCAUUUCUCCCUGCCACUGAUUCACUCUGCCACUUCGGAUAAAGUCGCCAUCGACGUCGAUCAAUUUCAGCUUGCGAUUCAUCUCGACCGCUUCCUCGUAGUUCACCGAGGGAUUCGACUUCAUAUUAGCAAAACUGAGAUGCUCCAUCAGCGCUUUCACUUGAUCAUCCGACAGAGUCACGUUCAAAAACUUGGCGGAACGAUGAAUCACCGAUGGCAAGUCCUAUAUUCCAAGAAAGCGUUCUUACCAAUAGAUUAAUCCAAAACUAGACUGCGGGUGUUCAUAAAAGUUCACAUUUUUAAAGACCACUCGGCAGAAAACAGGAUUUGUUGUUCAUUUUGAUAUGAAAAUAAUUAUUAAACGCGAUUCUCUCGUUACUUACAGAUUUCAUGUCCUCGUACUUUAAGAAUAAUACAUUGGAAUCAGUUCUCCUGUUCCAAAAACCAAGGAUAUGGUCCCAGAAUGGCGCAAAGCACACUGUUAGGUAGGAAACAAGAAGAUUAAGCUUGAUCUAUGCUUUCUUUUAAGUGUCGUACCUUUCAUGCCCAGGAAAAGACGACAGAAGCUAUUGAAGUCCCCGCGAUAGCCCUCCAGCAAUCUGCAGUGAUGAUAAUAAGAGACACAGGUGUCUUUUGGGUUUCUAGCGACGUAGACAAUCCUCGGCUUCUUCUCGCCUGUCCGUAGCUGUCGCGGUAGCAAGCGGAAUGGCAGAUGGGUUUUGAUGAAACGCGGACUGCUCCGAGUCUUCACGUAAUUCACGCUGUCGGAGACCAGCUCGUGAAGCUUUAUUUCCGGAUGACGAGGUAUGAUCGUCGUGUAAUCGAAGAGAAUCGAAUGCCUGGAAGCAAACGCGCGUUACCUUUCACG